GUUUCCUCAGUGUUUUCGCGCGCGUCGAGCACUCGCGAUCGUCGCGAGAAUUUUCGCAAGGAUGUACGCUCGCGAGAUCUUCAUUAAGGACUCGUCGACAAGUGCCGCGUCCUUCGAGGAUACCUAAUGAAAAUUAUUCGAUCAGUGACGACACUAAUUGUAGAGCGCGAUUAAUUAAAUUUUAUAUAAUGCGCGAGCAUUAUUAUUGCUCGCUCAAUUUAAUUGUAAAUCCCCGAGCGAUCGAGGGAUACGAUUCAAUAGCUUUUGAGCUUGACUGUCGUCAUUUUAGUAUUAGUUGAAUAUUAAUUCGAAUCAAUGGCACAUAAAGCCGGCGGUCUCGUGUGCUGGGUCGAGUUCGAUAUUUUUGUCCAUCUUGGAGUGGGAAAUUAUAUACCCCGAUACAUGAUCUUUUAUAAACCGAAUGAAAUUCGAGAUCGUCAGCACGCAACUGGGAAAACUGACAGAUGCAAAUAUUUAUAACAGUUGGCAAAUAUUUGUAACAUUUCCAGCACGAUGGUAUGAAAGAAUGAAAUUGACCCUCGAAUAUAGCGCGGCUGUUUAGCGUCGCGCGGUUUCCGGGACCCGGUGAACGCGAUCGAUACCUUUAUCGGAAUCGCUGCGACCGGGCGUAUGUAAAGAAGAAAGUGUCGGGGUAAAAAGUAUGCAGCUACUUUCCAGCUUCAUGGGUCGCCAUACGAAGCGAGGAACUUCCUUAAAAAAAGGAAAGCGCGAAUCCAACGGAGGCGGGAGUCCUGCUGGUAAUUGGCCGUCUUACGGGGGUCCAGUCAGACCCCUUAACAGUACCGGUGCGUCGGGGAGCACCAACAUGACACCUGACGAUCCCGCGCCCGACGAAGAAUUCGCCCUCGCGAUCGCACAAAAAGCACAGAGAGACGCAGAGGCAAUCCGUACCGCUCUGUAUCUCGGAGUGGCACUCGCGAUCACCUGGAUAAUAGGAGCGGCGGGACUCUCGUUGGCGUGGCUGGUUCUGGUCUUGGCAUUGGCUGCGACCGUCGUUAAGGCAAGAGUGUCCCGGCUUCUUCAGACGGAAUUGCAACAUGAAUUGGCCAGGUUACGUAGGAGACGGGCUUUGUACAAGGAUGAGACCGCCGAGUGGCUCAGCCUGCUCCUCAAUAAGUGGUGGAGAUUCAGCGCCGCCAAUUUUUCCUUGGCGAAGGAACGAUUGGAGCCUCUCCUUAAUGAAGCUAAACCCGGUAUACUAGGUCCAUUAGAAUUACGCGAACUCACUCUCGGCGAACAAACACCGUGCAUCACUCGCGUGAGAACACUCGAUUGCUGCAGCGACGAUGACCUUCCCAGUGGACAUCAUUCCGGCCAAGCUAAACUAUCCAUCGAAGCCGACGUGCGGUUGGACUGCGAGCAGUUCCGCAUGCUCAUCACCACGCGGCUGUUUGGUAAAGGCGUGGGGAUGGACAUUGAUCUGGCGGUGGAAAAGCUGUCGUUAUCUGGCACGAUUGUCAUCGAUCUAACGUUAAACACGUCGGCACCUUUUCCGCACGCGACCGGGCUCAGCGUGAGUUUCCUGGAAAAACCGGAUGUCUGGUUCAGCGUAAGAAUUCUGCGAGCGGUGCAGAUGAUGGAGAUGCCAUUGAUCAAGACCUGGAUUCACGCGGUGGUCACGGAUGCCCUGGCCAGCUGGCUGGUCGACCCGGGUCAUCUGGAAGUAAAUUUAAGGGCGCGUGAGCGACCGGGUCCUGGACUGGAUUCCGUGACCAAUUCCAUACCACAAGGAGUGCUCACCGUUGUUCUGUGCCAGAAUGGUUGUGCCGCAAACGUUGCCGAUGAGGUGAGAUGGCUCGUGGUAACAAUAGGCGAUCAAAGACGAAUCACCUCGAAUUUGAGCUCCACGUGGACCGAAGAUGUGUCUUUCUUAGUCGGGUCAUUGGACAAUGAGAGGAUCACCAUCAAACUGAAAGCAAAACGGCUCGUUAGUACCAUCACUUUGGCGCAAUUCGAAUUGGCAUUAGGAGUCUACGAUUGGGAGAACUCGCAGAUCGUUGAGACUGUGUUGCAACAGAAGAAACCAUCCCGUAAUAGCGUUAACAUUCCGAAUAUCAACGCGCGAUUAGAAUACACUACUCUUCCACAUUUGGAUCCCGAGUUACCACAGCCAGAAUUAAUAGCUGAUAAUAUGCAUCUUGCAGUGCCGCGAGACUUUUGCCACAAAGUGCACAAAGCAGGAGUAUUGGUGGUUUACAUUCACUCCGCUGACAAUCUUAAUGGUGACGUUGCACAGUGUAAUCCAUAUUGCAUGUUAUUCAACAAUCGGAAGAAGGUCAAAACAACGCAUUAUAUUCGUUCGACCACGUCCCCGGUUUGGGACUGCAGAGCGCAAUUUUUAGUACAGGAUUACACUCAAGUAUCGCUGAGCUUUGUCAUCUAUUCAUGGAAUAUAGCGAAAUCAGUGGAUACGGAUAUGCUUGGAUUAGCGAUGCUAUCUCUAUCUCAGGACACGACGUGGAUUGUCAGAAAGGAACUUAUACUCAGUGGCUCCAAUAUUGCUUCUUCCAUGACAAUCUCCACUUUUUAUCCUGUCAAAAGCAUACAACAAGUGGUUAGCAGUCGCAGAAGCAGCAUAGUUCCAACUACGUUGGAUGACGAACCAAAAAUCAAACGAAACAGUCUACCGUGGAUGCAACAGGCUAAAUUGUUAUUAACGCACAAAGACGUUGAUCCCGCUUCCUCCGAUAUAUCGAGUUUACUUUCCACCGGAAGUGGUUUGAUGGAAGUGACGCUAUUGCGCGCGAAAGAUCUCGUUGCGAAGGAUCUGAAUGGUUUCAGCGAUCCUUUCUGCGAACUGAAACUAAACAACGAGACAAAGUACAAGAGCAGCAUAAAGAAGAAGACGCUGAAUCCUUGCUGGGACGAGAGUUCUAUCAUGGGUUUGCCGAAGACCGGAGAAGCUUUAGAUAUCGUAUUAUGGGAUCAUGACUUUGGCAUGAAGGACUACCUUGGGAAAGUAUCAUUGACUCUCGAUGAUAUCAGAAAGCUAUCAAAAAGCGAUCUCCAUUGGUUUUCGCUCAGAGAAACCAAAACGGGAUCUAUAGAGCUGAAAAUUAGGUCUUAUCGGAAAGAAUGCGAG